AUGAAUUUUCAUUUCCCUGGCACCUACUCAGAAUUGCACGAACACCAUUUCUCUGACAGGUACAGAGUAAGAUCCAAAAAUUAAGUGAACCAUAUGGAUGAAAGACUCAUUUUGAUGCGCAUCAAUUAAUUCGAAGAUGGCUUCAAUCAACUCGCAACAUUGAUCGAAGACCCUCAAUAUUUUGAUUUCCUCUACUAUUUGGUCGAACAUCUCGAUGCACAUCCCAAUCAAAAAGUAUAAUUGCAAUUGGUUGAAAUCCUGUCCUUUCAAAUUCAAAAGUUAUACCCCAACCACCCAUAAGCAUUUAAAAUGACUCUCUUCUUAUUACUCAAUGUAUUGCAAUAGAAGCAAAUCUAAGGCCAAUAGCUCAGAAGAGCAUUAAAGAUGAUCUAAUAAUUGUUUAAUGCAAACGCUUUCCAAGACCUAGGCAGAGAAGGCAGCAGAUACAUAUUCGAUCUAGUUAAAAUGGCAAUCGAAAUCAAGGAUGCAUAAAUACGGGAAGUUUGGAUUGACAUCUUGGUUUAAGCAAUUGCUCUGUGGCAAUCCUAUGAUAUGAACCUCAAAAACAGGAUUGUGCAUUUGAUGUACGAAUAGGAGAGUGUUGUACCCAACAUCUCCAAAUUUCUCCUAGGAUGCAGCAAGAAUGAUAAGUUGAAGCAGUACACUGUCGAUCAAAUUAUUCUACUUGUCAAUUACAUUACUGAAAAAUCUACUAAUCAAACUGAGAGUCUGGCUGUUAAAAAUCUCAAAGAACUCCUGUCUUAAACAUCAAAGGAAAUGCCUAAGGUUUAUUAUCAAUAACUAUCAGCUUUCAUUGGCCUAUAUGACAAUGAGAAUUAUCACAUUAGAAAUGGUUUAUCUGAACUGAUAACAAAUGUGAUUGAAUAUCUCAUCAAGGAAUCCAAAGAACAAGAUAGUGAUGAAUUGUAAUUGUCAAAUGCCAAUAACUUAAUUAAAUAACUUGUAGAUAGACACAUGGAUAAAACUGCUUUAUGUAGAUCAAAUGUACUCUAAUGUUUGUCCCAACUAUUGAAUUCUAACUGUGUGCCAAAACAACAUCUACAAACCAUAUUUGCAAUCUCUUCCUCUAGGUUGAGAGAUAUCUCUGGCUAUGUGAGGAAGUCCUCCUUGCAAUUGUUGAAAUCUAUAGUGCGUUAUUAUAGAUUCUUGUAUGUUCAGAGUUAGGGAAGAUAAAAUUUCUGGUCUUAAGUGGAAGUAGAAGAACAAAUAAGUAAAAAUAGAGAAGAGUUACAAAAUAUUCAUAAGGAUUUCGAAGUAGUGGAUAAAAAGUUUUAAAAUGGAGAAAUCACUUAAGAAGUUGUCAAUGAAACCAUUAAAUUUAUUAAAAAGAAAGCAUAGGAAACCAUUAAAAUCUAAGAAUAUUUAGAAGAAUAUUAAAAGUUCUUGGAAGGGAUGAAAACCGUAAUCACACAAGUAUUAUAAUUAUGCCAAAGUAAAAAUUAAGCAGAUGUCAUUCAUUCUAUAAAACUCUUUUCCUAUUUGUAAAAAUACAAUUAUGAGGUCGCUAAUUAGGGAUUGCGCAGAAUGAUCUUAUUAGUGUGGUCAUAAGAUAAAUCUAUAUCCUAAGAAGUAAUUAAAAAGUUUUGGAAAUUAUUUUUAAGAGAUACUAAAAAGACAAGACAAAUUGUUCUUUCAUUAAUUGAUCUAAUUAGUAAAUCUAAUUUGAAGGAGUUGAUUUCUUUGGAAAAAAUUAUGCUAUCUUAUGAAACUGAAUAGGUGACUAAUUAUAAAUUUCCAUCCAAGAUUUUCCAUGUUCUUUGGGAAUACUUUGGUAGUCAAGAAGUUGAUCAACGUUCAAUGUUGAUUUUUGUUAGAAUAUUAUUGACUAGAAAUUCUUCAUAUCUUAAUCUAGAGAAGGUAGCAUAAAUUUAUAAUCUAUUGCAAAAGUACAACAAGAAAGAUCCUGAUUGGAUCAUUAUUAAAGAACUUGCCACCAUUUUAUCGAAAUUGGAUAGAACUCAAAAUAAGAAUCAAAUAAACUUCAAUAAGUCUAUUGAUUUAUUAAUAAUAUUACUCAUUAAAUACUAGAAUUCAUAAGAUAUGAAUUAUUUUAGUGCUUGUGAUUCAAUUAUACAAUUGGUUCCAAAUGCAGACAACCCUGAAUUAAUUUUUGAAACUCUGUUAUAGGAUUUAGGAUUUAAAUCAAAUAGAAUGGAUUUAGAAGUGGAAGAACAAAAAAAAAUGGAAGAAUUACAUUUAGCACAUGCAAUCCACAUAGCAGGUUCAGUGUCAUUACAAUUACUCAUAUUUAUUGAUGCAACACAUAAUUCGUUAAAGAAUCUUAAGAAUGAGAGGGAGAAACAAAUAGGAAAAGAAUAAGAAAUAGAUAAAAUUUAAGGAGGUAUAGAAGGUGAAUUUGAAAAAUUACACGGCAUAGUUGAUCAAAUUCAAGAUUUAAAACUAAUCUAAUAGAAUUUACUCUCAGUUUUUUCUCCAAUGGUAAAAUAAAUAUUAGAAGAGUGUCUAAAUUAAAUGGAGACUGAAGAGGCCUCAACACGACAAUAACCUCCAAUAGUGCAAGUGAGUUUAAUCACAAUGUGUAAAUUUAUGUGUUUGUCUGAAACCUACUGCAGAGAUAACAUACAGAUGUUGUUCAAUAUCAUGAAAUCUCCUCUGAUUGAUUAGGUUAUGAAGAACAAUGUGAUUAUUAGUAUUGGUGAUUUACUUCAUAGAUGGCCUAAUACAAUUCAAAAGUUCCACAAAUAAAUUUAUUCAAAUUUGUCAGAUACUAGUGCUGCAGUUCGAAGGGUAACACUACUUGUUUUGACCCAUUUGAUAUUAAACGAUAUGGUGAAGAGUAAAACUUCCUUGUCUCAUAUUCCUAUUUUAUUGAACGAUCCUCAUCCUUAAAUACCUGCUAUGGCAAGAUACUUUUUGAAUGAGUUAUAAAAAAAGGAAUAAAGAGCCAUAACCAAUGCGAUUCCAGAUAUCAUUUCAAAUGUCCAAGAUUAAAAUGAGAAUGUUCUAUCGCAAAUCUCCUAAUACAUUGAUAAAUCACAAAUUGAGUCUAUUGUUGAUAAACUAAUCACUAUCUUGGGAACUAGCACAAAUUAAUACGAGAUUAAGAAUAUAUCCAUACUGUUUAAUCACAUCAAUUUGAGUUAGAAUUCUCUUUAGAAACUAUUGGAUGGUUGGGAAGAAUACAGGGAAAAAUUAAGAGAUCAAUUCGUGUUCAAUUAAUUUAUCACUUUAAUUAAGAAGUUGAAAAGGACUUUGCCUUAAGAUGCCAAGCCUUUGAUUGAGGAGUACGAAAUGAAGGUGGAGCAUCAUGAUAAGGAAACAUUUGAAAAUAGGAGAAGAGAAAAAACAACCAAGAAAAAGAAUGUUAAAUAAACAUAACAUGAAAAUAAUAAUGAUAAGGAAUAAAAAGAAAAUAAAGGUGGAAAUAAACAACAAUAACAACAACAACAAUAAUAAUAGUAAUAGAAAAAGAAGCCAAAGAAGAAGAGAGAGGACGAUUUCAUGGAGCUGGAAUCAGAUUCAGAUGAGAUGAGUUCUGAGUCGUUGGUAAUUAAGAAAUAAACUAGUCAAAGAAGAAAAAAAAAUACGACAAAAAAUGAAGAUGAAUGA